AUGCCCCCGCCGAUCGCGGCCUGGUCUCGAUCCACAAAGGUCAAGGCGGGUAUUUGGGCCGGAGCGUUUGGCGCCAUAGUCAUAGUCGGUAGCCUGACGGGAGCGCAGCUCAAGCAGGAUAAGCAAAAGGAGCAGAAAAUUCGUCAAUUCAGGGAAACCACUCCGGAAGAACAGAUUGCCGCUCUGCAAGACCAGAGGAACAGUCUGGUCGGACAGAGGGACAUGCUGCAGCGCAAGGUCGACCUCUUUAAAGAGAGGAGGAGGGAGAGGGAGGCGGACAGGGAGAGGAGACGGGAGGCUAGCAUGGCCAAGGCCGCCGAUCCGGAUAAGUCGUGA